UUGGUAGUUGCUAAGAAUCUCAGAGAGACUACCCAGAAUAUGAUGGCUAAAUUUCUCAGGAUUUGCAUUAUCUUCAUUGCAUUAUGAAUUUGAUGGAAGCCACACAAGCAUGUCAAGUUCAUGAGUUCAGCCAUGUCUAGUUUUACUGGAACUCCACCUUGAACCAUGAAGCAAGACACUGUAAUUACAAAAAGUGUUGCAAAAUUGUUUCAAAUAUUUAUUGGCUGAAUGCAUACUGUGAGCUUCACACUUUCCCUAUGCAGCUACAAGAGCAGCCAUGUUCCAGAUUUACUCUAGCCAAGGAUCUCAUCUUCCAAGUUCCAUUUGCGUCACACCACAGCAAGAUGAAAUGGUGUCAUCACUUACAUAAUCCUGAGCCAGUAAUAAGUGAACUUGGUGACUAUUCUGGUGUGACUUUUCUUAAAUGAAGAAAAAGAAAGAUGCCUUUAGUGACAUGGAACUUGGAGAAGACAGAAAGAAGGUAACUAAAUCUAUGAAUCUCAUUUUUCCUCCCCUAGUGAGGUUGACUUUUCCCUCAAAAUACUUCAAUUCUUUUGUGGACAUUUAAAAAACAUGUUUUCAAAUAGUAUCCAAAAUUCAACAGAGUUUUAGUAGCUAGCCAAACCCCAUUAUACUGUGGGGUAAAUGAUUCACUUGACUUUGAGACUACUGGGACAAACUUUUGUUCCAAACGUUUUGACUGGAAUUUAUUGCUGUAUGUCAGGUGUUCAUCGUUUACUCCUAUGGAUUUGGAGUUUCACAAGACAAGGAAAGAAAAUGCAUACCAUGAAGUUUAGUUAGAAUGGGACAGUAGUUUUAACAGAAAUGAGAAGAUACAGCUGGCAGUUUCAUAGGGUGCUGUAUGAAGAUUAAUAAAACUUAAGAAGAUGACAUAUUCCAACAGCAAGAGGACUUCUUAGUUACAAUUUUACUUUUCAUACCAAAAAUGAAAUUCUAAAUUUCAGAUUUUGCUUAUGUAAUCCUUUUGCCAUAACUUGGCAGCUAUGCUCAUGGCUGUGUCGAUUUAACUCAGGAUCUCUUCUAAAACUAGGAAACGUAACAACUCAGGAAUUUCAGCCAACUAAAUGCUUCUUUUGAUGCUUUUUGCAGACAGCAUUGCUUAUCAGAAGGUAAAACAACACACAUUUCGCUAAGAUGAGCACAGCAGUAAUCCGGACACCUCCGAACCCCACAUAGUCAACCAAGCAUUUAUACGAGCAGCAAGUGGGUCAGCUCCUCUUUUCCCCAUCAGCCGGUGGGAUGACAACCUUUUGCUUUUAUUUUCCUUGCUGGAGUGACUGUUCGGUGGACAAGUGCUCCUUUGCUGACAGGUCAGCGAGGGGGCGAGACCUCCUCGCCGUUCCGAGUGGCGGGGCUGUAAGGAACAAGCUCCGGCCGUGCGGGCUGCCCGCCCCCGCCGCGGGGACGCGGCUCCCCGAGGCGGGACGGGACGGGCGGCGGCGCCGCGCCCUCCUGGGCACUCGGGACUGGGCUCCCGGGAAGAGAGAGGAAACCCCCGCCGAGCCGGGCAGCGCCGCGAUGUUUCCCCUGUGGAAGGCCAUUCUGUCGGAGAGUCUCCUGGGCUACAUUUCUUGGUCUCUUUACCAUGCACUGCCACCGAUGAUCUACUACUUCCCCCUUCAGACACUGGCACUCACGGGCCUAGAAGUUUUUGCUGUUGCUUUCUUUUCUCCAAUAUUCUUGACAAUUGGCCCUUUUUGGAGGUUGGCUAACAAUAAGUAUGUCUUAGUUUUUCUGAGAUUGACUAUGGUUGGAAGCUUGGCAUCAUACCAGGCACCAAAUGCUUCAAUUAGACUAUUCAUCUUGGCUGUUGGUGUUUCUUCUUCAUUGCUGGUUCAAACAGUAACAUGGUGGUCAGGAAACAGUUUACAAAGGUUCAUCAGGAUAUGGGGCUUCAUGCUAGGCAAGAUAAUGCUCCUUGUUCUUCGCAUCUGGUACACGUCACUAAACCCAGUCUGGAGCUCACAGGUUGCCAAUACUGUCAUUAUGAUAAUAGGUUUUAUAGCAGCAGUGGAGCGAAUUUAUUCAGGUGGAGACAGGAGGAAACAAGAAGCAAACAAAACUGGUAAUGCGGUUAGAGAGACUGCUUCCCAUCCUUAUUGGCUUUUAUCUGGGGUUGCUUUUGGCAGCCUCAUGUUCCUCACCCUGUGGAUAUUUGGGGAGGUCUCAUUAAUUUCUAGAUGGGCAGUAAGUGGACAUCCACAUACAGGUCCAGAUCCUAAUCCACAUGGAGGUACAGUUCUGUUGGGCUUGGCUCAGGGACUGAUGCUUUCAUUUUGGAGCUGGUCUUCUGUCAUCAGUUUUGCCUGGUUUCUCAUAGGUUUGGCAUCUUCAGCUGGUCUUCUUUAUUUACACACCUGGAGUGCUGCUGUUGCAGGCAACAUUCUUGCUGUCUUUACUAUGUCUGUGUGGCCUCAUCUAGCUGGACGCUUUGCUAGCUGUCUGCAUCCUGGGAAAGCCAUGAGUACAGCCAUGUUUGCCUAUGUUCUUGAAUUAUUCUUCUGUGUAUGGUGUACAGCUUAUAAAUUUGUACCUGGAGGAGUUUACAUUAGAGAAAGCUCCCAUCUUCUUUUAGGUUUUAUCAUGUUAUGUAUUGGGCUAGAUUUUCUAACAGGACCCAAGAAAGACCUUAGUUCUACCUUUGAAGUGAAAAGCCAUCAAAAGCCACUAUUCAAAAAGACUAAAAACUAUAUUAAACUAUUCUUGUGGCUGUUUGUUGGUGUUGGUUUGCUUGGACUGGGUUUACGUUAUAGAACUUAUCAGAAGAAACUGGGCCAAGGGGUUCCAAAACGAGACUUCUCUGCUAUGAUCUGGCCUUUUAGAUUUGCAUAUGACAAUGAAGGAUGGUCUAAUUUGGAAGGAUCAGCUAAUUUGCUUAAUCAGACAGAAGCAGAUUUUAUCACUAUUAUAGAGAGUGAUGCCUCUAAGCCAUUCAUUGGAAACCACGAUCCAACAAUGUGGCUAGGAGAAAAACUAGGAUUUUACACAGAUUUUGGUCCAAGCACAAGAGAUCACACUUGGGGGAUUAUGGCACUAUCAAAGUAUCCAAUUGUAAAAUCAACCCAUCACCUCCUUCCGUCUCCAGAGGGAGAGAUUGCACCUGCCAUUUCCCUGACGGUCAACUUCACAGGGAAACUGAUUGAUUUCGUUGUCGCCCACUUUGGAAACGAAGAAGAGGACUUGGACAGAAAACUCCAGGCGAUAGCUGUUUCAAACCUAUUGAAGACUAGCUCUAAGCAAGUUGUGUUUCUAGGGUACAUCACUUCAGCUCCUGGAUCCAGAGAUUAUACUGAAUUAAUAGAAAAUGGAAAUGUCAAGGAUAUUGACAGUACAGAUAGUGACAGAUGGUGUAGCUAUAUUAUGUAUCGUGGAGUAAUAAGGUUGGGUUAUGCCCGCAUAUCUCAUGCUGGUUUAAGUGAUUCAGAAGUCCAGAUGGCCAAAUUUAGAAUCCCACAUCAUGUGGAUAGCUAUACUGACAAUGACAGAAUUGUCACUGAUCCCAGCCAAGUUCCUAAGGACAUCCAUUUCAAUCCCAGGUUUGGAUCGUAUAAAGAUGGACAUAAUUAUGAGCAUAUUCAUCACUUUCAUAUGAGCACUCCUAAAUAUUUUAAACAGGCAAAUUAGAGUGAGAAAAUAACAUACUGUUGGGACCAGCAAGAAAGGUUUGUUGCUUGAAGCUGAAUUGGCACUCAAAAAGACUACGUUGUUUAAGGAUGAGCAGUUCCCAUGCUGCAUAACACUAUGAAAGUCUGUCUAACAGUUGGUGACUCUUCUCUUUAAUGAGUUGCCAUCACUGUGAGAGAGGGAAGAUGCCUGCAUUUUGAUAAACUGGUAUCUACCUGGGCCAGAUACCUGCUUUGUAAGCAGCAAAGCAAGGGUGGGAACUUGCUUUGGCAAUAAGAUCUUCAGCUUUUGUGAAGGUAUCCUACAUCCUGCUGUUUCAGAGUUGAAUGUGUCUCUGCACCUUUUUUUAAGGUCCAGAUAUGACCCCUUUCCUCUCCUGGACAGUCAUGUGCAAGGAAUUUCAGCAGACUUACACACUUUUUGAUGACUGAGGCAAAGCAAAAUAAUGUGAUAGUGUAGGUCACCUGUUGAUACUUGCUGCAAUUUGUAGUCCUGCUGCUAUGGCAAUAAAAAGCUUGGCCUUAGGUUUUCAAAAUAGGAAUAGGACAUUUUUUUAAUUGGGAGAUAUGCUGUAAGUAUGUGUUUGAAUUGUGUGCAUUUUUGACUUUCUCAAACAGUGUUUACGUCUGCUGCUAUUCUACAUUUCAUUCUUAAAUGUGUUUUAUUAGAACAAUUUGUGGAUGAUUGAUGUUCAUAAUACUGGAGAAAAGGCAGUGGCUUUUAUAAACUUCAUCUUUUUUUAGCUGGAUAUUAGCCUCUGCAAUGCUUUUACAAAGGGAAGAGUAAAGUACCUCUGAAUAGUUAUUUUUGUGAGACACUUACCUGAACACACUGCCAAAGAAUUAAAAACAAUUGUCUCAACAUAACAAGGUUUCUGAGAAGAAAGAAGGGUUAGUUGUAACUUUUAUUUAAAAUGAACUGUAAUAAAACAAACAAAUAAAAAAAAGCAUUGUUCCUUUGCUAGCAUUAUACUUUAAUAGGACUAAAUAGAAGUGGGACUUUUUUGACCUAGGCAGUGAAUUCCCUAUUAUUUAAUGCACAUGUAAGAUAAUGUGAAGUGUUGUGUCUUCUCAGUGUCUCUUCACAAUAUCUUUUACAUUUGACUCCUGAUCCUUCAGUAUAUGUGCAGACCUUCCCUUAAACAAUGAGGACAUCUUCGGUGUUGUCCAAAGAAACUUUCCUGCUUGUGAGAAACAUGUUAGGUGAUUUGUUUAAGCGACCCACUCAACUUGAAAAAUGCAUUUGUGAUUUUGGUAUUUAGUGCUGUGUGUCUUUCCAGUAAUACCUAAGCAUACUGCAACUGAAAGGAAUAGGAUAUGUUGCAGGAAAGUGGGUGGAUUUUUUUUCUCCCUCUAAUUCUUCACGAUGUUCUUUUGAGAACAGCUUCAGCGUACUCAAUUUUAUUGUUUCUCCAUUUAAGCAAGUACAGGAUGUGCUUUUACCUGGGGUUUUUUGUUCUGUGGAGUCAGGUAAUUGCUGUCAUCACCAACAUUGUCACUUUAUUCUGGUCACCUAUCAUUUUGCUCCCUUGUUUUUAGGACUGUGUUUCUAAAACUGUUCACUGAUCUUUAUGGACAGAGAAUAUUUGGAAGGUAUUUAAAAGUUGCAGUGGUUACGUAUUCAUCAUCUGUGAUGGUAUAACCAACCAUUAUUGAACUAAUUUCUCACCUACAGCUGUUGUGUUUGUCUUUACAAGCCCUCUGAACUUGUUCUCUCUGUGACUUUCCAGUAGGACAGGAUAAAUUAGGUUUUGGAGUGAUGGGAGUGACUUUCUUGCGCUUUCAGCAAUUUUCUUCUGCAAACACCAGUAGCCCUUGUCUCUCCCUCCUCCCAGCCUGCAACAGCAGCUGACACUGGCACCAACAUUGCACAGUGGCUCUGAGUAUCCUCACUUCUUUGCAGCAUGCUCUCAUGCUGGCUCUGACACACGUCCAGCCACAGUUUUGCCUUUCCACGGCCUGUAGAAAACAUAACAUUAUCUUGCCAUGUUACUUAACAUUCUCCACAGGCUAACUGUGCGAAUACCUUGUAAUGUGAGCAGUUUAUUAAUGUGAAAUGCAAGAAAUUAUACUCAUAUAUAUAAAAAGAUUGAAACCCCCUUAUUUUUUUAACAAUUAAAAUAUAGAAUAAUUAUUUUUCAAGAAGUCAUAUAGCAAAGCAUGACUUGCAUAAUAGAUCAGAUUAUAUGUCAUCUCUGUGUGUAAUCUUCAAAGUCUGUGAGCAUACUCGGAUGGAUUUUCACAGGAUUUAGAAUGUUCACCCCAUUUGAAAGGUUCAUGUGGACAGUGACAAAAUCUAAACUCUGAAUAUUCUCUUCUUCUCUUCUUCUGAGUCACUUGUGCGAUUUAAUGUUGGUGUAUCCAUACCUUGUGUGGCUUAAUAUCAAGAAACUAUAGGCAAAUAUAAUUAGUAGCAAGCAUUUGUUGACAUUUGCAUUAUUUUACCAGAAUGAUUAAGAAAAACUAUGACCACAAGCUGUUUGUAUACUGCUUCUCUUACUGUGAUUAGAAUUGGGAAGCUAAAACUAAACUUAUUUGUCCAUAAAUUUGCACACUGACCUAAUCUGUGGUAUCAGACUGGUUUAGAAAAAUGUGCAGUGUGUCUCUAAUGAACAAUCACUAUGUUUCAAACUAUGAAAGAAAUGUGCUAGAACAGGUUGUGCUGCAGGGGUGUGUUACCAAUCUUCCUGUUUUCUAAUCAUACUCUGUUCAUCUCAGCUUUCAUAAGAUAGUAUGUUACAAAAGAAAAACUUUGUGGAUAUCUUUAUGCAUUCAGAGAUAGCAUGAAAAGAUAAAAUGUAUAAAAUAGACAUUAUUUUCUAUAAGUUUGAACUUUUUCUGGUGGUAAAAGGACUAGAUUACAUAUAUCUGACUUCUAAAUAAUAUGUAUUCUGUGUAUAUAAAUACGUAUUCUUAUCUGUAUAAACAAUAUGUACUCUUAAUCUUAUCCUCUGACAUUCUGUGCAGGUCAAUUAAGUUUCUAGGAAUGUACAGGAAGAGACAGCUGUACAUCAGGAGCCUACCAGUGUGUAUCUCAGAAUAAAAAAGAGGGACUCUAGGUAACAUGUGUAAGAGCAACUUCUGAGAGUAAUUGUACUGUAUUCUUCAGCAGGGUGAAGACUCAAGUUUUCUCUUACAUAUAUAUAUAUUCCUGCUUUGGGGUCUUGGCUCAGGCAUUUCUAUGUGUAUUGGAAGCUUACCUUGAGGAGCAGUGGCUUUGGUGUUGCCACAGAGCACUCCGAAGUCUGGGAGCUGCAUUUCAAACCUCUUGGGCUAAGAAACACCUGAAAUUGUUAUUUCCCAUUUCCAGAAACAGUGUCACAGCUAUAAGCUGGGAGAAAGUUAGACACACCCUUUGGUUUCCAACUGGUGUUUUGUUACUGAAACAAGUUGUUACAGUUUAAGUGUGCAGGUAACCAGUUCCCACCUGUCUCCAAGAAACAGAACACUGCAAAUGUUCAGAGUCCUCUGCUGACUGUGAGGGAGCUUUGUGGCUCAGAGAGAGGUGCUGGUUAUUCUGAUGCAUCUCUAGAGGUCAGGCCGAAAUUCUAUGCUGUUGUCUUAAGCCUGGCUGUUUAGAGUUGCCUGAUGAUGAAUGAAGACAAAGUUUCAAACUGAAGUUGAAAAAGACCCUAUAAAUCAAAUGUAGGGUUUUAAAUAUCAGCCAUCAACAUUCCUCAUCUAUGUAAAAUGACAUUUGUUUCCAGGGUGUUACAAAAGAACAUUUGGGGCCAGAGUAGUAUGUUUGAGGAGCAAGAGUAAGAGAACAGACCUUUUCACUUCAACGGGGAGCAUAGUAUGAGUCCACGGGACGCUGCAAUUAAAAUGACCUGAACUGUUUAGUGAAUAGCGGUUUGAAAAGCAGUUCAAAUAAUCUGCAGCUGCCACCUUCUGCCACUUGAGGUCCUCUUUUUUCCCUGAUUAGUACUGUUCUGCUGAGACCAUGCGGGAAUAACUCAAAUUUAGGUGUUUAUUGAAACUCUGAGGCUGAAAAAUCUUUUCAGAAGCAUUACUUAAAGCUGUUUGUGUUGACUUGGGUAUCAGUUACUUUUUCAUAUCCACAAAUGAUUUAGGACUGUGACUGCUGGGCUUCUUGUAGACAAUUUGUUUAUUU